AAAUGGUAAAGGCAAAGCCUCCAGGCAAGUAAAGUAAUAUUCAGCAAUGUUUGUCAUCAUCCACGGGGACCUUAUUCUCUACAUGACAAAACUGUUUCAACGUGCUAUUCUAUAUGCAAGCGAGAGAAACCGAAGUCAUUUUGCCUCGUCAAGCAAAAUGGAACAUGUACUUGCACCUGCGUCACUACCAGUGUUCCUUGUGGGCCUUUGCUCAGCCAGAGUUGCGGCCCUAACAACACACAAAAUUGCACUGAUGGAAGUGAGUUGUGCCUCUGCCGUUGUGAAGCGGCGACAUAACCUCCCGUGCGUGUAUGAAGUGGACAACUACCUUGUACUUCAUAAACAGUCGACUGUUAGGAGCUCCAGUCAUUUAGGCCAAUAAAGCUUUUCUUUAUUGAA